AUGGCGUCGGAGAAGGUGGAGACGAUCGUGGCGGGGAACUACAUCGAGAUGGAGCGCGACGUCGGCGGCAGCGGCGGAGACCAUGGCCAACCCGCCGAGCCGGCGGCGGCGUCCGGGGCCAGCGGCGGCAAGAAGCUGGCGCUGUCGAGCCUGUUCUGGCACGGCGGGUCGGUGUACGACGCGUGGUUCAGCUGCGCGUCGAACCAGGUGGCGCAGGUGCUGCUGACGCUGCCCUACUCCUUCUCGCAGCUCGGGAUGGCGUCCGGGGUGGUGUUCCAGAUCUUCUACGGCCUCAUGGGCAGCUGGACGGCUUACCUCAUCAGCGUCCUCUAUGUCGAGUACCGCACCAGGAAGGAGCGCGAGAAGGUCGACUUCAGGAACCAUGUCAUCCAGUGGUUUGAGGUUCUUGAUGGGCUACUGGGGAAGCACUGGAGGAACGUCGGCCUCUUCUUCAACUGCACUUUCCUCCUCUUCGGCUCCGUCAUCCAGCUCAUCGCAUGUGCAAGCAACAUCUACUACAUCAACGACAAGUACGACAAACGGACCUGGACGUACAUCUUCGGCGCCUGCUGCGCCACCACCGUGUUCAUCCCCUCCUUCCACAACUACCGGAUCUGGUCCUUCCUCGGCCUCCUCAUGACUACCUACACCGCGUGGUACCUCACCAUUGCGGCCAUCGCGCACGGUCAGGUGGAAGGUGUGACGCACUCGGGCCCAAGCAAGAUGGUGCUCUACUUCACGGGGUCCACCAACAUCCUCUACACAUUUGGAGGCCAUGCUGUCACUGUGGAGAUCAUGCACGCGAUGUGGAAGCCGCAGAAGUUCAAGCUCAUCUACCUGGUGGCCACGCUGUACGUGCUGACGCUGACGCUGCCGUCCGCCUCCGCCGUCUACUGGGCCUUCGGCGACAUGCUCCUGGACCACUCCAACGCCUUCUCCUCCUCCGCGCUCCGGCUUCCGUGA